GUAAAAGCACUUCUCAAAUUUAAAUCUGAUUUAACAGACGCGAUCUGCAGUUGUGCAAACUAAUAAAUUUUGAAAACUAUUAUUAGAACUGCGGUUUCGAUUUUUUAUAAAAUAAUAAAAUGUUUAAAUUUUAUGAAUUUUGAUAGACAACAAGGAUUCUCCGGAAGUCGAUGUUUAUCACCCAUUUUUCUCGUAAUAGCUGGAACAGAGAUCAACGACAUGAUUCUCUCCUCUUUUUUUUCGCGUUCUUAUUAUCCCUUUCCUCUGGCGUGGUCGUUUCGAUCGAAUUCGAGAAGAACAUUUUCCAAAGUGUAGAUCCGUAGGAGAUUUAUCAACGCUUUCUCGCCUCUCGUCCCAAUCCGAAUCUUGCGAAGAAAAACUAUCCCGGCCCGAUCAGAUGCGGAGUUCGCGAUAACCUAAUCCGCGUUCCACGAAGAAGCAUAAGAGAGCGGGAUGCGUGCCGAGUCCCAAUCCCCGGCGAUCGACGGCGGCGGGAUCUCCUUCUUCUGCGUGGCGAGGGGGAGCACGAUCAUCCACUCCCGCAGCAGCGGCGACGGCGAGCUCGAAGCCCUAGCCGCGGCGUGCCUCGCGAGGACCCCGCCGCGCCACGCCCGCUGCUCCCACACCGCCCGCGACCGCACCUUCGCCUUCCUCGUCGCCGGCGACGGCCGCACCUACUUCGCCAUCGCCGACGGGGGGGAGGGCUCGGGGCCCGCGCUCCGCUUCCUCGAGCGCCUCCGCGACGCCUUCGAGAGGGGCGGCGGCGCGGAGGGGCUGGCGCCGCGCGCGCCGGCGGCGAAGGAGAGGGCGAUCGAGGUGGGCAGCGGGAACGGCGGGGAUCGGGCGAUUAGGACGAUCGCCGACGAGAAGGCGGGGACGAAGGGUUUGCGCCGGAGUUUGAGCGCGCGCGCGCGCAAGCUGUGGUGGCGGCACGUGCGGGUCGUGCUCGCGUUGGACGCGCUGCUCUGCGCGGCGUUGUUGGGGGCUUGGUUUGCGGUGUGCCGGGGACUCAAAUGCUUGGAAUAGAUGCUCCGUUAAAAUUUGUAUAUCUGUUCAAAAUUUACCUUCAUCUACUAUUAUUUAUAUUUACUGUAUACAUAUAUACAUAGACACACCGUAUACAUGAUUUGGUAUCUUCUUGUA